UCCGUGUUUUCCCCACAGACGAGCCAUUAACUCAAGUUAAGAAGGAAACUGAAGCCUUUGCAGCCUGAAUGGAAGAUGUUUUAUGUGCCAGCCGGUCCAUGGGGGCCAAUUGUAUUGCUGGCCGAAUACAUUAAAGUUGGACGUAAGAUGCCAAACGAUGUAAAAGGCCGGAUGGGCUAGGCUAUAUAUGAACGGCGACAGCCUCCGCUCUCUCGGCCUUCUGCUAAAUGUACCUCUUGCCAUUCCUCUGUAUCUGUCGAGGAUCUUGACACUACUGGGACGACUGGCGAGUGCGCGCUCUCGCACCAAUCUCUCUGCGCGCUCACGUGCCACCUUAAUUUCCAGUAGCUGUAGUUUCCUCCGCAAUCCCCUGUUUUCUUUCUGGCUUUGAGUUAUUUCCAAACGAAACACUGCAUAGUCGUCGUCUACGACUUUACAGAUCUCUGCAACGGCUGCAUUCGCUAGAACCUCCAUGACGGAGGCUAUCUGAGUGUGAAAAACCAUACAGUUAACGUUAGCCAUUUUUAGCUAACCAGCAGCCAGAUAGCAUCUAUAAACAAAGACCCGGGACCAACGCGAAUUAAAUACCACCUGGGGUAAUUAUGUUAAAUGUCUAAAUAACAACGCUCGUUUCUGGUCACUGUUCACUUCCGUUCUUCUUCUUUAAAGUUUUCGAUUACACCUAUUGGUGUAUUGUAGCCACCUACUAUACGGGGUCUUCUUCUUUGAUAUUAUGGUGGUCCGAAAACAAAUGCUAUAGGUGCAUGCCGCCACCUACUGUUUUGGCUGUAUAUGAGCCCAAAUAAUUAACAAAAUACAAAUACAUUUACAUUUAAGUCAUUUAGCAGACGCUCUUAUCAACAAGGCAAAACUCAAUGUACUCCUUUAUUUAGGCUCUGGGGCCUGAGAAGAAGAGCAUCUUCAGACAGUAUUCUUUGCAAUGUUUCGGCAGUGAAGUCCUGGAAACCCAAAAACCUUUCAGCUCCAGUUUCUUUGUCUUUUUGUUUGUUUAUGCAGUACAAUUAAUCAUAUGUUCGAUAAACACCCAAUUUUAAAUUGUAUGCAUUUUAGAAUAAGGCUGUAACGUAACAAAAUGGGGAAAAUGGGAAGGGGUAUGAAUACUUUGUCAAUGCACUGUACCUUUUGUUGUGAAUGCCCAUCCUGGUACUGUCUGUAUUGGUGGGGUAACCACGAGGUACUCUAAUUGAGGAAGGCUAGACCCAGGUUCAGGCCCAGACCUUCUAUGAACCCAGUCACGAGGCAUUAGAUGAGAAGCUGAGGGAGAAAACAGACUUCCUGAUAAGACUACCACCAGGGGAGUCUCCCACCACUCUCUGUGAAGGCUGAAGUCCAGGGUGACCUGUUCUGGUCAUCCUGGAUACUGUGGUGUUUGUAUCAUAGGAACAGGAGGGUCUCUCUCUAUCAGCCCCAGGUCCUGCUUCAUCCCUGCUCUGAGACUGUGAAGAGAAGGGUCUGGGCUGUGGACUGGAUCCAUGACUGGAGCCUCUGUCUCUCUGAUGACCAGCAGGACUGAGGUUGUUCAGUCCACCUGUCCACUGGUGGUGAUCUGUGUGGUGGUGAAGUCUCUGUCCCUAGUGGUUCGGUGCCAGGUCCGACUCGGGAAGGAAGAGAGAUGGCUCCUGAUCCAGUGUCCUGAUCCGGGGACAGGGUUUGUGACCAGCCACCUCAGAGGUCCAGUCUCUCCCACCAGCAACACCGAAUACAGGUCAACAGUCUUCAUGGACUGCAGACUGUAAACACAAAUUUUACAGAAAUGCAUAAAGGUUUAUAUUAAAAAACAAUGUUCUGUACACACAGAAACAUGAUAAUUAUAAAAUGUUAACCACAGUCAAGCCCAUCUCUAAAACUGGGAUUCAAGUACCUAACAAUAUGGAGCCAUUGAAGUAAAAAAAAAGGAUUCCAUAUGUGUUGAUUCAAGAAUGAAGAAGACAAAAUCUACACCUCACCCUGGUCUCAGCCAGUAUGUUGUCAUGGAGACGAAGGUUGUUGUUGUUUUGUGUUAAACUAUCAGUUUCUGGUUGUGGUGAAAAGUGUUGUCCCCAGACCAGUUUUGAAGACGCUGUCCUAUCCAUUGACCUCCACUAUGUCGCCUCUGGUCCUGGCCUGAUCUGUGAUGUCGUCCCCUGGGCCCUUGGCUGCACCCAUCUGGGUCUUGGAAUCCAAGAUGGAUACGCACUCUCCUCUGUUAGCCUCCAGCCAACCACCUACAGAAAGAGGUUAGAAAAUGUGACCUGUUUCAGGAAGCUAGGCGUAUGUCACGUCAUCACUUCACAGGAGGCAUUUGAACGUAACAAAAUGUUUUUUUUUUUUAUCAUAAUGUGUUUUUGUUCAGAAAUGCCUUCUGGAACAUGUAAACUUUCAUAUGCCUUUAUAACAAACUUGUAUGCCAUCUGUAAAUAUGAAUUACAAUUGUUAAAUUGCGACCCUAAUUGGUUUAGCCACAGAAAGAGACAGGAGCCUUCCUGCUAGCCAUGAUUGGCUAAGAUAAUGGAUGGGCUGGACAUGCAGAGAGAUGAGCUCGGAUUGGUCUGCCAUGUAAGCAUGCUUCCGUCUAUAACAUGAGCUUCUCAGUAUGUGUUGAUAAUCAUUUCUACCACAGAUUUGUGAAAGAUGUCAUGAAGAACUGCAAGUGUUGCUACUGCUCGAAACAUUGCUGCCCUUAAUUUAACAGGCGCUAUCGGCAACGAUCAGAGAGAAAGAGUUUCUGGAGGACGAUCGUGCCAUGCUGACUUUAGGACUCUUAAAAUGAAUCAGACAAUGAGGAAAUCCCUGACUUGCGCGCUAAAUAGCGUUUCAAUCUGUGACGUCACUUGCUCUGAGACCUUGAAGUAGUGGUUCCCCUUGCUCUGCAAGGGCCGCGGCUUUUGUGGAGCGAUGGGUAACGAUGCUUCGUGGGUGACUGUUGUUGAUGUGUGCAGAGGGUCCCUGGGUGACGCCCGGGUAUGGGCGAGGGGACGGACUAAAGUUAUACUGUUACAUUAGGUAAAAACAUUUUCAUUUAACCAGACAUUGUAGUCUUCUGAUGACAGUGAUGUGGAAGAAACGGCGAUCAACAGUGUUGUUGUCAUGGAAGAAGUUGACCAAGUUUUGAAAUCAGUGGAAUGUCUGGUGGAAGCAGAAUAUGAUUGCAAUUGCGAAGGGAGUCGAAAAGAGGCCCCCAAGGAGGUUGUAUAAAACAACUGUCUCUGGAUUACAUUUCAAACUAAGGCCAACCAUGGCAUCCAUGACAAGAGAGGGAGAAUCGUUCAUCCAUGUAUACGGGUGAAGGACAUCUCACUGGAGGGCACAGGAGCUUUGUGAAGCCUGCUGGACACAAUGCGUGGAGAGAUGACCAACCAAUCACUGUUGAUGAGGGGAGUGUAACCUCAACCCAGCACUUUAUUGUGAUAGAGUCUGCAGAUGAAAAUGCAGCAGGUCCUGGGGUCAAGCUGGAGAGGACUGAACGAGAGAAGGACCAACGGCACCAGACUGGAGCACCGGCUGGAGUGGCGCCCACUGUAGCCACCGAGGAUCUCACCGCUGCGCCCCAGGCCAGGACCCGACGCAGGAUCACGGAGGUCAGUGGAACGCUGAACGUCAUCCUCAAGUCAGAGACAGACACAGAGACUUUAACUGUAACACAAAGGCUCUUACACACAGGAUCUGACCACACAUCAGACCCAGAGAGAAUGGGCAGUCGUCCUGCUCCCGGCUCAGAAUACUUACCGGUAUUUCACCAGAGCCAGGGGACGGUUAAUUCCCGUGGAGAUGGUGACACGUUCGACACUAGCGGUGAUGAUCCAUCUUGUUCUUACGCUACAGAGAUGAACCCUGGCAACAUGCUCUUGGGUUUAGAGAGACAGACUGAUCUGUCUAGAGGGGAAUGGAACCGGUACAGUAGUAGUGUAUACUCUGAAGGGUGCCUAGAUAAGAAAGGGGAGGUUAUAGUGGUAGAUGAUGUAACUGUGAAAGUGGAGGGCGAUGCUCCUACCAUAUGGAAUGCAGAUAGUCACCUAGGAGACGGACACUCACAGGACAGAGAUGUAUUUGAUUACAGGGGAAGCUUAGAUACAAAUCUAAAUGUCACGACCCACUCCCCUUUACACGCGUUCAGGGAUCAUGAUGCCGUAUUCACGUCGAAGGCACUUUCCGAUUCACAUGGCAGCGUUCUUUUCAAUCAAGUACUGAACUCAAACGACAUGGCUAGAGCCCAGGCUCAGGGAGGGGGAGCCACAUCUGGCAAUAGUAAAGAGAAACGGUUCCUCUGCAUGUUCUGUAACAAAGGCUUCAGCUGCCCCCAGAAGGUGGAGAUCCACCAGAGGGUCCACACAGGAGAGAAACCCUUCAGCUGUACCCAGUGUCAUAUGUGCUUUGCUGAGGCUGGCAACCUGAAGAGGCACCAGAGGGUCCACACUGGGGUGAAACCCUUCAGCUGUAGCCAGUGUCAAAUGCGCUUUGCUCAGGCUGGUGACCUGAAGAGGCACCAGAGGGUCCACACAGGGGAAAAACCCUUCAGUUGCCUCCACUGUGAGAAGAAGUUUUCCCGCCAGCACCAGCUGAAGAUGCACCUGAAGGUUCACACGGAAGAGAGGCCAUUUGCCUGUACGCACUGCAGGAAGAGGUUCUCAGAGAGGAGCUACCUUAGGAUACACCAGCAGAAACACCAUUCCUCUCUAUAGCAUAGAAAGUAACCAUUACACUCGAUAGCUUCUGAUGUUUAGCUCAAUCCCUGCAUUAAAGGCAAAGAUUAAUUUUCGUUGUUGUCAGCAAAAGAUAACGAUAGUAAUAGAUUUCAGUGUUGAAUAUUUCUGGGUAGAAUAUUGCAUCCAAACAUUGUGUGUUAAAUAUGGUAUAUUUAAGCCGGGAAAGUCAGUUACAUAUUGUGUUUGUUCUGUGGUGCCUAUAUAAUGUUCACAAAUGCCUAGUUCCUUACUUUCAUUCAACUACUUCAUCUUUUUCCUAAGACAAAGAUGUAUGAGAAAAUUCCCUAAGAAUUUUCCUAAGAGAAAAUGUAUGUAGUUUAUCUAGGUCAUGCAGAUUUUUUUGUUUGUGUAUGUGUGUGGUUUUCAUAUGGUGUAUUUAAAACUUGUUUAUGUUUAAUAAACACAAAAU